GCGAUUCUUGCUUUCCGACCAUUCCUUUCCUUUCUGCCUCGGGGUAGUAUUCCACAACGGCUGGCCCAUCGUGUGAAAGCCAACCAAAGAGCCCGGCAUGGCGACGUCGACCGUCGCUAGAGCCACCAACAUGGCUUACCUCAUCCUAGGUCUUACCUCCGUCCUUUCCGUCGUAUCCGCCGACAAAGCCACCACGAGUACAUUAAAUGAUCUCCCCGACAAUCUGAACCAAUUUGCUAUGGAACUUUCUAUAGGUCCUGUCUCCGGUCCUGUAGAAGUUGGAUAUAAGGUUGCACCUUUAACAGGACCAGCGGGGUUGAACCAGACCAACCCGACCGCGUUGGACGCCAUCAAAGUACAAGGGAACAUAGUCGUCGUCGACCAGACCAAUUAUAACCAACAAAACGUCAAAGAUAGCAUUGCUUAUUUAACUUGCGACUCGAGCGCUGCCGACAAUACCUACCUUAGCCCCAACGACGUAUUGAACUCGGUUAUGACCAGACAACCAAAGGCGAUAUUACUGUACAGCAUUGACGGGACCUGCUGCUCUCUGGAAGGGACAGAUUUAUCAUUCAACUCUAUUUGGACUAUGACCAACUCGGAAGAGGCAUCGGCAACUAAGAACAUGACUUCGGAUCCAUCAACGGUCAUGAGUGGCACAAUACAAGGGUCGGGGAAUGAUGCCGACGAUAACUCCGACGGGGGCCAGUCUCAGGGCGGGAAUAACUCAGCGGUGGCGAUGAGCAUAUUGUAUAGCAUCACUGGUCUGAUUACUUUACUUUUCCUCAUCAUCAUUGCGACCGGGGCAAUCCGAGCACACCGUCAUCCCGAAAGAUAUGGACCUAGAGCCAGUUAUGGCGGAAGGCCAAGGCAAAGCCGCGCGAAAGGCCUCGCACGGGCUGUUCUAGAAACGCUCCCUAUCAUAAAGUUUGGCGACCCUCAACCCGCAAAGCCGGAUCCAGAAAAUGAACUGGAGAGCAUCGCAGGAGACCGGCAGCAGCACUCGGCAUCCCCCGCACAACGGGAGGUAACCGCGACCGACGUGGAACAGGCCGGUUCGUCCCCGGAUGCGGCGGCAAGAGCGACCAAUGCUACCUCCGAAGUUGCUGCUGCUGCUGCGUCAGGUGAUGCUAAGGUCAACGGCGGACAAACGGAGGAAGAUCACCUCGGUUGUUCUAUUUGUACCGAAGACUUCAGUGUGGGCCAAGACGUCAGAGUUCUCCCCUGUGACCACAAAUUCCACCCACAAUGCAUCGACCCGUGGCUAGUCAAUGUGUCUGGUACCUGUCCAUUAUGCCGGCUAGAUCUCCGCCCCCAGGAAGGGGAACAAAACGAAACCGACGAGGGCACUGAUUCAACAACCCCACAUGAUGCAGGCGGCGAUAACACCAUUGAUAACCAUCUAGUCCCUCCAUCCGAAGGUGCAGGAGAUGGGAAUCAAGGACGGCGGAUAUCGCGGCUUUUGGACUGGAACAGAUUACGCCACGCUUCUGUUGACGAACGUAUCCAAGCUCUCCGACAAUAUCGGCAGUCACAAGGAACUUCAUCGGGCAAUGCUUCAACCGAGGAUCAAAACCAUCACACCAAACUAUCAGAUCGGUUACGAGAAAAGUUCCAUAUCAGGACGAGAGCCCAUCCACCGAAUGAUUCCCCUUCCACGAGCAAUUAGACAUUUCGUCAGUUUCCUCUAAUACUUU